AUGGCUUCUUCUACCGUUCAACAUCACCUCCUCCUCCUCUUCUUCUUCUCCAUCUUUUCUCUCAUCUCCUUGUCGUCGUCAAGCUCCUUUUUCCGGCCUCGAGCCCUCGUCUUGCCGGUCAACAAGGACGGAGCAACCAGGCUUCACGUCGCCACCAUCCACAAGCGAACCCCUCCCGCCCCACUCCCCUUCCUCCUCCACCUAAACGGCCACCUCCUCUGGGUCAACUGCCAGCCGCCGUACCUCUCCUCCACCUACGACGCCCCCUUUUGCCACUCCACCGUGUGCUCCCGCGCCGCGUCCCACCGCUGCCACCGCUGCAGGGCAGCCGCCCGCCCCCGCCCCGGCUGCAACAACAACACCUGCGCAGUCCUCGCGGCCAACCCCGUCACCGGCCGCUCCACCGUUGCCGAGCUGGCCCUGGACGCUCUCUCCAUCCAGUCGGCUGGUAAUACCACGUCAGCACGAACACGUGGCGGCCGCUUAGCCGCCGUUCCAGAGUUCUUGUUUGCAUGUGCUCCUUUACUCUUGCUUCAAGGGCUUCCAAAGGUUCAAGGAGUGGCUGGGUUUGGGCCCACCCAGCUUGCUCUACCCUCCCAAAUAGCUUCCCACUUUGGAUUCACCCAACAAUUCAUCAUGUGUUUAUCCUCCUCUCCAUCUGCCAAUGGUGCCAUUUUCUUUGGAUCUCAUCAGCACCACAGUGCUGAAAUUUCGGAUCUUGUUACAUUCACCCCAUUGACAGUCACCCCACGAGGAGAGUACUCCAUAACAGUCAGUGCAAUAACCAUAAACGAAAAGGCCAUUUCUCCAUUCAACAAAAACACAUCAUCUCUUGGAAGAGUCCAACUCUGCACCACCACGCCCUUCACCGUCCUGGAGCGCUCACUCUUCCAAGCCUUCACCACGGCCUUCGCCGCCCAUCUCUGGCAGGUGCGGCCGGUGGAGACUGCGGCGCCACCUUUCAGGCUGUGUUACAAGGCAGCAGAGCUGCCGAGAACAAGCACAGGGCCUCGAGUUCCCAACGUGGAGUUUGUGUUGCACAGGCCGGAUGUUGUCUGGAGGGUUUUGGGUGCAAAUUCAAUGGUGGAGGCGAGGCCUGGAGUCAUGUGUUUGGCCAUUGUGGAUGGAGGGUUGAACCCUAGAGCUCCCAUUGUGAUUGGGGCGCAUCAGCUGGAGGAUAAUCUUCUUCAGUUUGAUCUGGCGAAGUCUAGGCUGGGUUUCAGCUCUUCACUUUUGAUCAGAAGUACUGACUGUGCCAACUUCAACUUCAGCUCCACAGCUGCCAAUCCAUAG